AUGGAUGGAGAUGCCCUAAUUUGGAUCCAAGAUAGUAAUGAGACUGGGAUGUUUGCAACUUGGGAAGGAUUUGUAGAAGCUUUGUUGACAAGGUUCGGGAAUACUGCGUAUGAAGAUCCUUUGGAAUCACUCACAAGAUUGAAGCAGUCAAAUGAGGUGAGAUUACCUGUGAAGAUGCUUAAUCCCAAGAAUCUUAAUGGAGCCUUUGGAUUAGCCAAAAUCCAAGAAGAAUACCUGAACAGUAGCCGCAAAGAUCAGAGGUCUACAAUUGAUUACACUAAGCCUUCCAUUUUGGGUCCAAAACCUGAUGUGAAGUUGGAUUCUAGAUAUAGGCUUCCCUUGCAAAGUUCUAAUGUCCAGUUAGUUGAAUUUGAUGAUUCUGAGGCUACCUUAUUACCAUUGGAUGGAGAUAAUUCUAGAGAUAAUAAAUCUGAUAUUGAGAAGGGUGUAGCUGAAAUCACUUUAUAUGUUUUAUUGGGUAGUCCUUUACCUGGUAUCAUGAAAGUUAAGGGUAAGAUUAAUGGUCACUGGGUUACUAUCUUAAUUGGCACGGGUAGCACACACAAUUUCUUGGAUACUGCCAUCCUAGCUAUUUUACAACUUUCAUUAGACCCUACCUUAACAUUUGAGGUGAAAGUGGCUAAUGGUGCUACCAUUCAGACUCAAGGUGUGUGCGCCAAUGUUAGAGUUUCAGUGCAAGGGCAUGUUUUUGCAAUGGAUUUGAAUGUGUUGCCACUUGGUGAUUGUGAAUUGGUUUUAGGCACUCCAUGGCUUAGAACCCUGGGUGUUAUACAAUGGGAUUUUAGGGCUAUGUUUAUGAAGUUCCAACACUUGGGUGCCACAAUGACUUUGAUUGUGUCUUUGGGGUCUGCUACUUCAUCUGUACAGCCAUGUGACCCUUCUAUUGAGCAGCUCUUAUUUGAGUUUGCUUUAGUAUUUGCUACCCCAACUAGUUUACCUCCUUGUAGAGGGCAUGAUCAUCAAAUUCUAUUGAAGGAUGGUACUAACCCUAUUUGUCAAAGACCCUAUAGGUAUCCACAUUUUCAGAAAGCUAAGAUUGAAAAUAUAGUUGCUGAAUUGUUGGAGGUUAGUUCUAUAAGACCUAGUCAGAGUCCAUUUUCUUCCCCAGUGUUGUUGGUGAGGAAGGCAGAUGGCUCUUGGAGAAUGUGUGUGGAUUAUAGGGCUUUGAAUCAAGCUACUAUUAUGGACAAAUUUCCUAUUCCAGUGGUGGAUGAAUUGCUUGAUGAGCUUGCUGGUUCCAUCAUCUUUUCUAAGUUGGACUUAAGGUUUGGCUAUCACCAAAUCAGGAUGAGAGAGGAGGAUGUUCAUAAAAUUGCUUUUAGGACACAUAAUGGACAUUAUGAGUUCUUGGUUAUGCCCUUUGGCUUGACCGAUGCUCCAUCAACAUUUCAGUCCAUCUUUGGAGCCCCAUCUUAA